AUGUUCUCAUCUGGUGAUGGCAAAUUUAUCGCCACUUACAAGCUGAACGGUUUGGAAUACGCUUACACCGGCCACUUUAUUAGACCUGUGCCAGACUUCUUUGCUAUCACCACGCUUGAAUACCCUGAUGCAGAUGACCUGAGUGGAGAUCAACCCUUUAAUGGCACUGUUGGGCCUGGCGACCUGUCGCUUACGAUUGGCGGUAACUCAAAGCUUAGAGGUCGCCUCUAUAAGCCAAAGGAGAAACAAUACGCCGCUUCUGGAUCCGGUGCUUGGGACUAA